AUGACUAUUGCAACAGGAGUAACAACUCGGGUGAUUGGCUGGUAUCAUUCACAUCCGCAUAUUACAGUCCUUCCUUCUCAUGUUGGUAAGUUUUAUAGUGAUAAAAAUGCUCCUAAACAUGCUUAUGUUUUUGAAGGUUUGAAGCUUUGUCAGCAUCUUGGGGUGAGUCAGGUUGAGAUUGAGUGUGACUUUCUGAUAGUGGUUAAUUGGAUGCUCAAUUUACAAUGCACAGUGUGGUAUUUGUGGGAUUUUUGGGAGGAACUGUUGGCUUUGGUUCCUCACUUUGAGGUACAUGUUGCUCAUCAAUUCAGGGAAGGGAACCAAGUGGCCGAUAUGUUGACAAAUGUGAGGACUCAGGCUAUGUAUCAAUUGAUGGAUUCUGGGUUUAUUGGGUUGAUAUUUUCAUGUUUCAAUGAAGAUGCUCAAAAGGCUGGGAGGAUUCAAGUUCUUGCAUUUCAGUCUUUAGAUGGGAAGCAGAAUCAUGUGUUGAGACCUGUUUCCGUUUCUCCCCUCCCCAAAAGUCCUGUUAUAGAAACUGAAUCAUCUUCAAGUUUCUCAAAGAACGCACUGACUAGACCUGGCUUUGUUGCUGGAGAAAGUGCUCAAAAAGACACUGGAGAUUUGAGAGAAUCUGCAAUACCCUCUAAGGAUGGAGUAAGAUCACCCGACUUGGGGGUUCUUUUUGCAAAUGCUGAUGGCAGAACUGGAGACGCUUACCGUGACAACAAUUUAAAAAAUUCGAUUCCUGAUUUAGGUCCCGUGGAGGAUACAUCAGAAAGUAUACUAGAAGCAAUAAGACUUUCGAAUUUGGAGAUGAGGAAUGGGGAAGUGCACCCGCUUUUGUUCACUCACCACACAUCCACAUAUCAAGCUUCUUUGUGCAAAAUGAUGGAAUAUUGCUUAAGUCCUGUCAUCAAUGCUCUUCAAGAUCGUGUAAGAGAAAAUGAAAUUCAGUUAGAAAUGCUUGCUGAAGAAGCUAAGGUUUUGGAGGAAAAGAUUGAUAGAGGAAGUAAAUCUGAUUCUCCCUCCUCUUCGUCUCAGAGGCUUCAAGAUCCAAGGUUAAAAGUUUAUUCAAGACGCAAGCGAAAUUGA